AAGCAUAUAUGCGUGCGGGAGGUGGCGCCACUCCAACCUCCCAUCUUCUGCUUUCUCCUCACCUCUCCUCCCCUCACCUCUCCUCACCUCUCCUCACCUCUCCUCACCUCCCUUCUCUCCUAGACUGCAUCUCCAGCCAUACCCAACAUGAAGCUCGCGCUGCUCGUCGGCCUGGCGGCGCUCGCAUCCGCUGCGCCCACCAUCCCCGUAGGCGCUAGGAUCGGCCUUUUCACGCGCGACAACUGGGGUAACGACGGCCACGACGGCAAACACGAUGGUGGUGGAUGGAAGGGCGGCGACGGCCAUGACCACGACGGCUGGAAGGGCGAUGGCCACGGCGACCAUGACGGCCACGACGGCCACGACGGUGGCGAUGGUGGCAAGGGCCCAGGCGGCCGCAAGAACUGUCUGGCUCGCCGCAACGGCGUCGGCAUGGGCCACCUUUACUCCAGGGGUUGGGACAAAGGCGACGACAAGUGGGACGGCCACGAUGGAGGCCACGAUGGAGGCCACAAGGGCGGACAUGGCGGACAUGGCGGAAACGGCGGGCACGGUGGGCACGGUGGGAACGGUGGGCAUGGCGGUGGCCACGACGACUGCCCGGACCCCAACUCAGAGGACGAGACAGCUGACUGGAUCCUCGACAACCCCGCCGUCCGCGUCAACGUGACGCUUCCGCUUCGCGACGUCUCCAUCCCUCUCAUUGACGUUCUCCUUGACGGCCUCGUGCCAAUCAUCAACCGCACCGCCCCGAUCCUCGACAUCGACCUUGGCGACCUGCCCGCUCUCAAGAACAGCAGCAGCCCCGCAACCACAUGGGGCGGUAUCCUUUCGCAAGGCAUGAACGCCACGUUCCGCCCGGUGCAAGGCACAAACCGGAACGCAUUUGUGUUUGGCUCGGUCGUCUCUGAGUCGGGGCUGGGGCCUCGCAAGCGCCAGGUUGCAAUCAACACACAGCCCGCCCUCCCACCUGCCGGCACGUGCGUGUACGAGUACCAGCAUGUGCUGGGCGGAGACGGCAGCGCGUCGCGCGGCGCGCUGUGGGCGCUCGAGAACGUCGUCGACCUCGUCGCCGCCGACGUGCAGCAGGGCGGCAUCGGCGACUGCGGCAUGGGCGCGGCCAUCAUGGCUCUGGCAAGCGGCGGGUGGACGUCGCUCAUCAAGAACUCGUUUGUGCGCGUCGGCCAGGGCGAGGGCUCGUAUGAGGUCCUGCUCAAGAAGGACGGCGUGACGCAGCGCAUCGCCAUCGACGACCAGCUGCCCUCGCUCACCAACGCCAAUCCCAUGUGCUGGCCUUACCCGGGCUUCCAGCCCGUGCUUGACGCCGCCCUCCCCGGCCCUCUCGGCAACUACCCCCCGACGCCCAUCUUCUUUAUGCCGCUCUUCGAGAAGGCGUUCGCCAAGUUCCUCGACGCAAACCCGGACUGGAAGAGCACGCUGCCAAACGUCACGGGCUACGCGGGCCUCGAGGGUGUCAACCCGGCCUACGUGCUUGCGGCGAUCACGGGCGGCACGCCGGUUAGCGUGUGGCGCACGCGCCCCGGCUUCGACGGCCCCAUCCUCUCCGCCCUACUCACGUGUAUGCGGGGCACGGCGCCGUGCGCCAUCUCUACCGGAAAUGCGACUACCCUCGAGGGCCUCGGCACGCCAGACGCCGGCACGAUCUGGCUCAACCCCGCCGGCGACGCCGCCAUGCCACGCGGCUACACGCCCGGCGACACGUCGGGCAUGCUCGCGUCGGACGCGCCCGGCUCACCGUCGACAUUCACCGUCAUCGACUUUGACCAGGUCAAUGAGACACCGGCCGGCGACCGCUCCACCGUCCUCACGUUCGUCGGCAAUCACGCAUACGGCUUCGACCACUCGCGCUCCACCGACUUCCCGCUGCCGGCCAACAUCAACUCGCUGCUCAACGUCCGCAUGUCCGCUCUCAACCCCUGGGGCGCCAAUCCGUGCCAGUGGCCCGGAGGCGGCUGCGGCGACGGCGACAGCGAGUUCGACGAGCCCUCCGAGCUCCCCUUCAGCUUCCGCACGCUUGCUAUGAGCAUCGUCGGCGUGUUCACAGUGACUAUGCCGGCGAGCUCGUAAUUUCAGCACCACGCAUGGACAUCAGAUCAGGACAAUUAGUAACGACGCGCAGUAGGCGCUACGCUGUCUCUAACGUAUUGUGGACAAUUAGCAUGAAUAUUGUGAACAGAUUCUCC